CCUCCGGGCGGUCGCAUUGUUUUCCUCCGCGGAUCUGCGGCGAGGGUAGGGGCUUGCACUCGCACCUAAGGCUCCCGCCACCUGACAGCGCCCUGGAGCCUAAAUCGAAGCACCACUCUGACGGGACUCUCGUCGCAUCUCGCCCGAGCCCCAAGCACGGAUUGCGAACUCUACGCGGCGCGGAGCAAGGAGCCGCCGGGGGCUCCCUGGACCUCGCUGACCCGGAUCUCCGAGCAAGUACCUUGGGAUCAGAGGGCUCCUAUCUCCCUUCAUCCCCCACAGGACCCACCACCCCAGAGGCAGCCUGAUGAGGGAAGAAGGGGCAAGCGGGGCACGUUCAGCCAUUUCUUCUUACUGGUCCUUUCUAUCCUUCGCUCUGCAUAGGGGGGCCAGCAUAUGGGUGAGGGGGUACCCCCUGGGGCUUGAGCUGCCCCGCACAGGAUGCCCCGUGCCCUCCACUCCAUGCCCUUGCUGCUGCUGCUGUUGCUGUCACUCCCCCACGCCCAGGCCGCCUUUCCCCAGGACCCCACCCCUCUGUUGACCUCUGACCUACAAGGUGCCUCUCCAUCAUCUUGGUUCCGGGGCCUGGAGGGUGAUGCGGUGGCUGCAGAACUUGGGCUGGACUUUCAGCGAUUCCUGACCUUGAACCGGACCUUACUUGUGGCCGCCCGGGAUCACGUUUUCUCCUUCGAUCUUCAAGCCCAGGAAGAAGGGGAGGGGCUGGUGCCCAACAAGUUUCUGACAUGGAGGAGCCAAGAUAUGGAGAAUUGUGCUGUUCGGGGGAAGCUGACGGACGAAUGCUACAAUUACAUCCGUGUUCUUGUUCCCUGGGACUCGCAGACACUCCUUGCCUGUGGAACAAACUCAUUCAGCCCCAUGUGCCGCAGCUACAGGAUAACAUCACUGCAGCAGGAGGGUGAGGAGCUGAGUGGGCAAGCUCGGUGCCCCUUUGAUGCCACCCAGUCCAAUGUGGCCAUAUUUGCAGAGGGCAGUUUGUACUCAGCCACAGCAGCAGACUUCCAGGCCAGUGACGCUGUGGUCUACAGGAGCCUUGGACCUCAGCCCCCGCUCCGUUCUGCAAAGUAUGACUCCAAGUGGCUUCGAGAGCCACACUUUGUCUAUGCUUUGGAACAUGGAGACCACGUCUACUUCUUCUUCCGGGAGGUUUCUGUGGAAGAUGCUCGCCUGGGGAGGGUACAGUUUUCCCGGGUAGCCCGGGUGUGCAAACGUGACAUGGGUGGCUCUCCUCGGGCCUUGGAUCGCCACUGGACAUCCUUCCUCAAGCUGAGGCUCAACUGCUCUGUCCCUGGGGACUCCACCUUCUACUUUGACGUCUUACAGGCCUUAACUGGGCCUGUGAACCUGCAUGGCCGCUCUGCUCUCUUUGGGGUCUUCACUACUCAGACCAAUAGCAUUCCUGGGUCUGCCGUCUGCGCCUUCUACCUGGAUGACAUUGAACGUGGGUUUGAGGGCAAGUUCAAGGAGCAGAGGAGUCUGGAUGGGGCCUGGACUCCUGUGUCUGAGGACAGGGUCCCCUCACCCAGGCCAGGGUCCUGUGCAGGUGUGGGUGGAGCUGCCUUUUUCUCCUCCUCUCAAGACCUACCUGACGAUGUCCUGCUCUUCAUCAAGGCCCACCCACUGCUGGAUCCCGCUGUGCCACCUGCCACCCAUCAACCCCUCCUCACUCUCACCAGCAGGGCUCUACUGACCCAGGUAGCUGUGGACGGCAUGGCUGGGCCCCACAGAAACACCACAGUCCUGUUUCUUGGCUCCUCUGAUGGGACAGUACUGAAGGUGCUGCCUCCAGGGGGACAGUCUCUGGAACAUGAGCCUAUCAUAUUGGAAGAGAUCAAUGCCUAUAGCCCUGCCCGUUCCUUGUGGCAUCAUAUUAGGUGCAGUGGGAAGCGUUCAGCCCAAGCUGCAAGACGGAUCAUAGGGCUGGAGCUGGACACUGAGGGUCACAGGCUUUUUGUGGCCUUUCCUGGAUGUAUCGUCUACCUCCCUCUCAGCCGCUGUGCCCGCCAUGGGGCAUGUCAGAGGAGCUGUCUGGCUUCCCGGGACCCAUACUGUGGAUGGCAUCGACUCAGAGGCUGUGUGAAUAUCAGGGGAUCUGGCUGGACCGAUGCUGAUCUGACUGGGAACCAGGAAUCCAUGGAGCAUGGUGAUUGCCAAGGUGGAGCAACCGGAAGUCAGUCUGGCCCUGGAGAUUCUGCUUAUGUGCUUCUGGGUUCUGGCCCUUCCCCUGAGACCCCCAGUUCCCCCAGAGAUGCCCACCCAGGGCCCCAGUCUUCUACUCUUGGAGCUCACACGCAGGGCGUGCGCACAGACCUUCCCCCCGCCUCAGCCUACCGCUCCAUCCCCAUCCCACUCCUCCUGGCCUGUGUGGCGGCAGCCUUCGCCCUGGGCGCCUCCGUCUCCGGCCUCUUGGUGUCCUGCGCUUGUCGUCGCGCGAAUCGCCCUCGGAGCAAGGACAUCGAGACCCCGGGGCUGCCGCGUCCUCUCUCCCUCCGCAGUCUGGCCCGGCUGCACGGUGGCGGUCCUGAGCCCCCGCCUCCGCCCAAGGAUGGAGACGGAGCGCAGACGCCCCAGCUCUACACUACCUUCCUGCCCCCGCCCGAGGGUGGGCCCCCGCCGGAGCUGGCCUGCCUGCCCACCCCGGAGUCCACGCCCGAGCUGCCGGUGAAGCACCUCCGCGCCUCCGGGGGACCCUGGGAGUGGAACCAGAACGGGAACAACGCUUCGGAGGGCCCGGGCCGCCCUCGGGGCUGCAGUGCGGCGGGCGGGUCGGCGCCCCGCGUGCUGGUGAGGCCCCCGCCUCCGGGCUGCCCGGGGCAGGCGGUGGAGGUGACGACGCUGGAGGAACUGCUGCGCUACCUGCACGGCCCGCAGCCGCCCAGGAAGGGCGCCGAGCCGCCGCCCCCCGCCCCGUUCCCCGCGAGGCCGCCCGCCGCGGAGCCCGGCGCCGCCCUGUUCGCGGACUCCAGCCCGCUGCCGCGGGACUGCGUGCCGCCGCUGAGGCUCGACGUGCCGCCCGGAGGCAGGCGCGCGGCCCCCGGCGCACGGCCCGCCCUGUCGGCCCCCGCCCCGCGCCUGGGCGUCGGCGUCGGCCGCAGACUGCCCUUCCCCACGCACCGCGCGCCCCCGGCUCUGCUCACGCGGGUCCCCUCGGGAGGCCACGCCAGGUACUCCGGGGGGCCCGGGAGGCAUCUCCUGUACCUCGGCCGGCCCGACGGCUACCGCGGCCGCUCCCUCAAGAGGGUGGACGUCAAGUCUCCGCCGGCUCCCCAGCCGGCCCUCGCCGCCCCGCAGCCGCCCGCGCCGCACGGCGGCCAGUUCAACUUCUGACGGCAGCCGCGGGCGCCCGUCGAGAACUGGAGGCCGCCGGCCCGCCCGGACCCCCGAGAGUCUCCCGGGGCCCCCCUCUCGCCCCGGUUUAUUUAUUGACUGUACUCCCCCCUGGCCCAGGGAGGGGGCGAGGAGCUCGCCGCCCGGAGCGCCAGCAUUUCGGGGGAGCUGGCUGCCCCCCGCUCCCCGCUCCCUUCCAGCCACGCUGCCUUAACUCGCCGCUCCGGGCUCCCGCCGACUGGGCCCCGGGCGGGCCGGCCGGGGCUGGAGCCGCGCGCUGUGUACAGAGUCCUCGGGCCUCGUGGGGCCGGGACGUGCCUCCUCCUACUGUGUAGGAGCCCCCCCAACACCCCGUCUUCCCAAUACAGCGUGUCCCCCCACCCCCAGCCGCUGCCUGACUUUUCUCGCGGUGCGGGAGGGGGAGGAGGGCGGGGCGGGGCGGGCCCGCCCGGCCCCUCUGGGUGCCCGCGCCCCUGAAUGCCUGCCUUCACCUCACCUCGGGCCCCCGAGUCUCUCCGGAGUAAUUGGCUUGGCGGCUGUCCCACCGGGGUUAAUCAGGAAAGGUUUCCUGAAGGAAGGAGGCAAGCGACCUGGUGGGGGUGGGGGGGUGAGCCAGGGCCCAGGAGAGUAGCGGGGUACAGAUGGGGGGCGCUGGGGAAAGGCACUCGGCACGUUUCUGAAUAGAGGUCAGGCACCUUUUUACGGCUUACGCUGUGGGGUGGGGGAGGGAACUUUUGGAAAAAUAAAACGAA